UGUCUUCGUUGUUCGGUGAUGUCGCGAAAAACGAUGCUUUUGGGAUGAUUUUGAACGACGGGAUGCAAGCCUCGACGCGAUAAUGCCCCUCGUGUCGACUGGAAUUGAGCAUCCGUUUCGCGGGAGAUAUAGGCUGCGGUAAUAUCGGUUUAAAGCGCCAAAGAAACCCGCAGGGGACCCUUUGUCAUGGAUAUGCAGGCUCCCAAUGUGUAUGCAUCCAUCCCUGAACUGGGAAUGGUGUGGAUGGGUGACAUGAUGGUACACGGGGAGCCGGCACAUGAACUCAUGUUGGACCCCCGUCAGGCGGAAAGUCCCUUUUUCUCACACGGCGCUCACUCCUUCGAUGAUCUCCGAAAUCAUCAUAUAGCACCUGCUACGAUGGUGCGAUAUUUACCUACCCAGUUUACCAAUGAGUGCUCUGAACCUGAAGAAGCUGUGGAAAUGGUCGAUGCGCAAGAAAUGCAUCAUGAGUACGAUUCACAUUCUGAAAGACAGGAAAUGAGUGAGUACUUGUCAUUAGAAGAUUAUAUGGUAGAUGAAGAACACGAACAAGUGGUCACUAAUGCAGCUACUCAGACUACUCAAGACAAUCGCAAUCGUAAAAUUAAACCCAUUAAACAUCCCGGGCUUAUCUUGAAAACGCCCAUUGCAUACCAACCGCAUACAGAUCUAAAUUUUAUACCAAUCCGUAAAGAUGGUAUCGCUGUGUGUGAAAAAUGUGGUGCAAUUGGAGUGAAGCAUGCCUUUUACACGAAGGAACGAAGAUUUUGUAGCAGAGCAUGCGCCCGUUCUUCUGAACAUACAGCUCCUACUGCCGAUUCGACUUAUAGUCCAUCACAUUCACUGGAACAAUUAAUGCCAACCGAACCAUCGUCACCGAAUGAGGCAAAACCUUGUAUUAAAGAGGAGGAAGCAGUAAUUCCUAACGAAAGUGAGGAUACAGAAAAAGAAAAGGUUGUGGCUGAGCCAGUAAUGCCCGAAGAUUUGCCAGUGAGAAGAAAGCGAACGGCAGACAUGGCAGGGUCUUACGAUUGGACUCCGCAGCUAACGGAACCAGGUUUCUGUGCUGCGCCAGUUUCCUGCUUUAAACACGCCCCAAUAUCAGAGAUAUGGGACAACAUAACGGUUGGUAUGAAGGUUGAAGUGGAAAAUACUGAUUGCGAUGAAGUCUGUGAGGCUUUCCCAGAUUCUUUUUGGGUCGCAACUGUACUUCGAAUUUCUGGAUACAGAGCAUUAUUGAGGUACGAGGGGUUUGGGCACAACGCAGACAAAGACUUCUGGGUUUCACUUUGCUCGAACGACAUCCAUCCAGUCGGUUGGUGUGCAACCAUCGGAAAACCCCUCAUACCACCAAACACAAUUGCCAACAAGUACAAAGAUUGGAAAGACUUCCUCAUGAGGAGGCUGACUGGCGCGAGGACGCUGACGACCAACUUUUACAACAAAGUCAACGACAGCAUGAAGUCUCGAUUUCGAUGCGGUCUCCAUUUAGAGGUGGUCGAUAAAAAUAGAAUCUCACAGGUGAAGGUAGCGACGAUCCAAAAGAUCGUGGGGAAGCGUUUACAUGUGAGGUAUUACGACUCGCCGCCAGAAGACAAUGGUUUCUGGUGCCACGAGGACUCUCCGUUGAUUCAUCCAGUUGGGUGGGCCAAAAGGGUCGGACAAACUCUCGACGCCUAUCCGGAAUAUCUGGAGCGAAUCUCCUGCGGCAAGCUCUCCCAGGACGAUGCAACGGAGGGCCUUUUCUUCGUCCCGAAAAGUCACCACCUACAGCACGGCUACACGUUUCGGGAAGGGAUGAAGAUCGAGGCAAUAGACCCGUUGAAUCUCUCCGCGAUAUGCGCCGCGACAGUAAUGCAAGUCUUGAAGGAAGAUUACAUCAUGAUUCGCAUCGACAGCUACGACGAGGAUGCUAGUGGGGCUGACUGGUUCUGCUAUCACUCGUGUUCGCCGUGCAUCUUCCCAAUUGGAUUCUGUUCGCAGCAUGGAUUACCUCUUACACCUCCAAAGGGGUACGACCCUACCACGUUCACUUGGGACGCAUAUUUGACGGAGACCAACACGAUACCCGCACCGAUUCAGCUUUUCAGUCGAGAGGUUCCGCAACAUGGAUUCAUCGAGGGCAUGCGGUUGGAAGCCGCCGAUUUAAUGGAUCCACGAUUAGUGUGCGUAGCCACAAUUACGAGGGUAAUCGGUAGAUUGCUCAGAGUCCACUUUGACGGCUGGGAGGAUGAGUACGACCAGUGGCUGGACUGCCAAAGUCCCGACAUAUAUCCGGUUGGCUGGUGCGACCUUGUUGAUCACAAGCUAGAGGGGCCCCGAGUGCUCGUCAAUAAAAACACUAGUCCUACGGUAAAAUCACCAAGAGGCCUUAAACGUAAAGCUAAGCGGAAACUGAAGAGAGGCGGCAAGGUCGCUUGUGCCAAGAACAUUCUACCUCGUAAUAGCGAACGCAUCAAUGUGAUUCGCGAAAGGGAACGCGAUCGGGAGAGGGAACGGGAAAGAGAACGAGAAAGGGAACGGGAUAGGGAACGAGAAUUCGAGCCGGCCCAGGGAACCAAGAUAGAGCGGGAACGAGACCUGGAGAGCCUUCCCGAGCAAGGCGGGAGGGAACCGGAACCUGCGCAAGAACCUGCAGGUCCUGAUCAAACCUUGCCGAGUCCUACCACUGGUCAAGGACAAGCUCUUAACGAGACUCAGAGCGAGAUCCAGAGUCCUCCUCUACCCAAGGAGAGAACCGCCACAUCGUAUAUCAAUGUUACGUCGGCCAGCGGAAAGUACAUUCCCAGGCUAGCCGAUGGCUUGCAAAAGAACCCCGAUUCCGGUGAACUGGUCCCUGCCGAAUGGAACGUCUUCGACGUCGCACAGUUCCUCCGCGUCAAUGACUGCGCGACUUACUGCGACAAUUUCAGCAAACGGAAGAUCGACGGGAAGACCUUGCUCACGUUGACCAAGGACCAAAUCAUAGACCUCACCGGUUUCAAGGUUGGACCUUCUCUGAAGAUCUACGAUCUUAUUCAACAGUUGAAAAUCAAAGUGAACCCAGCUCAGGAAAGGUUGAAACUAGGACUAAAAAAAUUAUUAUAGCAAAUCUAGAAUGUAGCGCAUACAUUCUGUAAGUUCCCGAUUUACGUAGGUUAAACAUGGAUUUACAGGUAAUGCGUGUGCGUGUGAAUAAGUUGGCUAGAGUCGAUUUUUUUUUUUUCUUUUCUGACCCGCCGCGAUCGUAUAAAGAUCCACCUAUGGUUCAAUUUCAGUGCUUCGAUGGAUAAUUAAGUUUUGUACACGUGACCACGUCACUUCGUGAAACUAUUCGAUCGCGGCCGAGUUUUACUAGGAGACCCUAUCUCGGUUAAUUCGCGUUAUUUCAUUCUGGAAAUUUGGCAAGUCAAUCUGAAACCUUUAUUCGGAACGCGUAAAAUUGUACAUACAAAUAAAAAGACAGUUCGAGGUGUACAACAAUCGACGUCGUUUAUGAAAGUCACGCAGUCGUGAGCGUUCCAAAACGAUCCAAACAUUUCGACGGCUUUUGGCUUUUCCAAAUCGGAAAGAGGGAUUUCCACGGUAACGUUUAAUUUUUAGCUAUAAAUUGUAGAUUUAUUGGCAUACGUCAUGUAACCCAGUGUAAGUAUAUACUCCAGUGUACGUUACACUUAUUUAUAUUUAUAUACCCGCGAAGGACAACUUUGGAUAUUUUUCCUGACUUAAUGUAGCCGUUAUGUGUAAAUCCAUGAUUUAAUAAUGCACUACAUGAAAUGCAAAUGUACUAGCCACCGUUCAAACGGUUCCGAAUGUCAAUAUUCGGAGACCGUUGCGUUAAACGAGAAAGAAAAUAUAUCUGGCAUAUAUGUGACCCCCGGGUCGAACAUUUAAAUCCAAACGAAAAUCCACGCUAUUGUUACGUCGGGAUCGCAAAGCAUGCCAAAUUGGGAUGAGGAACGUCGAGCAUACGUACAGUUGUCGACGUGCGAGGGAAACGACGUGUCUGUACAUAUAGUUACGAAAAUUGGAACGGUGGUCUUUGACUUUGUAAAUACGGUUAGCAAGGAGGAAUUGGGACAGCCGAUGGCUGGAGUAGGUUGGCAAUACGUCCUGUAAAAAGAGAUAACUACUGCUACGUGGCUACUGCAUUUCUAUUGCAUAUGGUGUAAUAAUGUAGCCAAUCCACGAGUACAGUGAGUGAAACCAGUCAAGCCAAGUUCAACCCUUUAAGAGCCCAUGGACGCUUUCGAAUUAAUCGGAGAAGAACGGCGCGGCUCUCAAAGGGUUGAAAGUUGAAUUCCGCUUCGAGUUUAAAAAUACUAUUUUUCAGUAUACCAGAGUAACCCGGGUUAUUUGCAUUAUUUAUUAAGCGCGACGUCUUUGCGACGCCCUCACUGGCCGUAGCGUUAUUUCGAAUCGAAAUAUUCGUCGAGAGAGUUCACGCGAGUGUUUGUAAAUGCAGCGUUAGCCAAAUUGGGACUCGUCGGGGCCGGUAGACCAAAUGUAAUUUGUACGAUACGACCGUGGUGAGCACCCACGACCUAACGCGAAGGGGCUCUCCGAAUACCAGAGAUGGGAAAUAUGACAAGCAAUUUACUCGAGUGCCAUUUAUUACAAAAAGGGGGAGGAACGACAAAAACGGUAUACUCGUACAAAUACGUCGGGUAACGCUCGACCAUAGCGAACGGUUAUUUCGAGCAAGCCGGUAUCGAGAUAUUCCUAGGGUAAUGUGUCGUGCAAUUUUAUUUCGAGAAAAGAAAAUCGUCCUCGACUGCGGACGUCCUACCACCUCGGCGGUUAAUAGAACGAACUAAUCGGCGCGCCUAGGAGUCUCGGGCCAAAUUGGGUCAUCUAGGGGAGAAGGUCUCUUUAUUCGGGAAUUUCGAGCGUAGCGCGUUUGCAGUUAGAUGUACACGUUUUCCUUGCAAAGAGUAAUGCUCCGCGUCGCGGGACUCCUCGGCCCGCAAAUCAUACGGACGCGGCCGUACAGCUGGUUAACGCGAAUUACAGUAUAAAGUAUAAGAAUAGAAUGCUUAGGAAUAAUUUAGUUACGUGUAAAGAUUAUAUCCGGAUUCGCCGGGCAUUUCCCGGGAACCGUACCGAAGAUGGGAAGGCCAACAAUUGCGGAGGACAAACACGGAUACAGUAUGCUCGAGCGGAGGGGCGGAACGGAAUCAGCUCGCAGGCCGCCCCUCCGGUACUCUCCUUGUAUUUCUAAGUUUCUCACUCGUCGUACGUUUCUUUUUAUACACAUAAGCAAGUAGAACUCGACUAAGAAUAAAUGUUUUACACUUGUACUGUAAAGAAAUUUGCAAAUAACGACCGAGGUACAUUGUU